GUAUGUAGGAAUUUCUCGCCGGUGGUCUGACUUUCUAAGGCUUUCAGAUAAGUACUGAUAUCCUGCCGGCUCGAUGUUUCCCUAGUUCUGGGUAAGACAAUACAGAAUUCGAAUAAGUAUAUCGAUUCCCGGCCUCGAUCUCUCUUUCCCAGGAACUCCUGUCGGACUUCUUCAGAAAUAUCUCGCUGCACGUAGCCCUCUGCUCCAAAGCGCGCGCGUUCGGUUUCCGAACACUUGGGUCAUCUGAACGCAAAUUCUGUAGCUGCUUCGUUCCAAUGGGGCCGAUAUACAAUCACGACCUUCUGACACGGACUGACGCGCGUCGUCAACCAGAGCCAAGAAUAGAACGGUACUUCUUCCGGACUUAUCAUAUGAGCUUAAGCUUCAUUAUAGAAUCCAAAUACAGCUUCCAUGUUCAUCUUCGUGAUGUAACAUGCGGGCCGCAGAGUUUUCAGCUUACAGUUGUGGGAAGGUAUAUAAUGGCCCUGUAGGAAACGAAUCUACUGCUAGCACCGGAGUUCUUGGACUUCUCGCGUUCGACCUUCGCAGGUUUAGUAUCUUCCGCCAGUAUGCAUCCCGACGAUUACAAACUUCUCCCCAUUCCUUCUCUACCGCCGACGCAAUGUUUGUCUACCGAUACCUUCAAGCAACCCCCUCUCGACGGUACUCUAAGUCUACCUGAAAUUUAUGACUGGCACCUUGAACAUUCUCCCAAUCAUCCUUUAUUUGUCUAUGCUGAUGAUGCUGGAAUCGCCACGACCAUCUAUUGGCCCGAGGCCGUCCGAGCGGUUCACAGAGCUGGUCGUCUUAUACAGUCCCUUGUUCAAGAUGCCGACUCUAAGCGCUCUGGACCGCUCGUAAUUGCGAUCCUUGCACCCACAGACUUCAUCGCGUACUUCACCUUGAUGGUAGGCAUCAUUCGCGCGGGCCACGUUGCAUUUCCAGUGUCGCCCCGUAAUUCUCCAGCAGCCAUCGCCCAUUUGUUGACAAUUACCGACUCUGCAUAUCUUCUCGUUGGACCUGAGGUUGCGAUGCAGGAUUUGGCUGCGGUGUCACUGAAGAUUCUAUCUGAUGCUGGCACGCCUCAACCAAUUAUUGGCUCGGUGCCGCCAUUUGAAAGUCUGUAUCCUAAAGAUUCAGAGGCCAAUUUUGAACCCUUGCCUCCUUUGAAGCCGAAGUGGGAUGACAUAGCCGUUAUCAUGCACUCUUCAGGUUCGACUGCGUAUCCGAAGUCCAUCCUUUGGUCGCAUCACAGGUUCCUUAUGCUCGGCAUGGUACCGUACCAUGGGGAGCGUGACCUGACCGGCCAGCAUCUUGGAUGCCAUUCAUUACCCAUGUAUCACGGAAUGGGCAUGAUCCAAGCAGGUUGGUCGGCGACCUCCGGAUUGGUUUUGACUACGUUCAAGCCUCAGUCACCUGCUCCGGUUCCAACUCCAGAAUCAGUUCUCAAGGGUAGUAUGGCAACGAAGACUGACGUGAUUUUCUGUGUACCGAGUUUCAUAGAGAGUUGGGCUAAGGACCCCGAGAAUGUUCGACAGUUACGACAAAUUCAAGGCCUGCUUUAUGGUGGUGGUCCCCUAUCCCAAAGUGUAGGCGAUUUUCUGGUGGAGCAGGGCGUAUCCAUCUUCAUCUUGUAUGGAUGCACGGAAUGCGGUAUAGUAACUCCGAUUAUCCCCAAGUCAUCUGGGAAGGAUUGGAUUUACUUCCGGAUCCCUGCAGGUAUCGAGACUCGAUUUAUCUGGGAUGUCAACGGCAAUGCGGAACUAGUAAUCCUUCCGGGAAAAUAUAUUGUACCCUGUAAAUUCAACACUGUGAUAGAUGGAAUCGACGCAUAUGCCACGAGCGACCUGUUAACUCCCCACCCGACCAAACCAGGGUUCUGGAAAGUAUACGGUAGGGCUGAUGACCAAAUUAUGCAUAAUACUGGAGAAAAGUUACAGACGAAUCCCGGGCCCUUAGAGGCCAUCCUCAAUCAAGACCCGCACGUGAGAGCAGCCGUCAUGUUUGGUCGGGGAAGGUUUUACGCCGGGGUCGUAAUAGAUCCACGUCCCGGUCAUGAAUUUGAUCCUCAGGACCAGGACCGACUCAGUGACUUCCGAAAUAAGAUUUGGCCGACUGUGGAGAGAAUGAACGAAUUUGCACCACAACAUUCCCGCAUAUUCAAAGAAAUGAUCAUGGUCGCAUCUCCAACUAAGCCUUUCCAGUAUACUGCUAAGAACACAGCACGUCGUCAGGCUAUUAUUGCUGAUUACGAUCCGGAGAUCGAAGCAUUGUAUGCGGCGGUGAAAGAGACAACUCAAGCCGACAUGGCUCCUCCUCCAUCAUGGUCUCUCCCUGAUUCAAUCAACUUCGUGAAGGAAGUCGUCAACAGAGUCAUGAAGCACGAGAUUCAAGAGUCAGACGAUAUCUUCCAGAAAGGCUGCGAUAGCUUGCAAGCAACUUGGAUUCGUAACUCUUUAUUACAUGCACUGCGAGACACCACCAAAGUCAACACGAGAUCGAUAUCAAGUGGAUUCGUGUAUCAAUAUCCUAGCAUUGGAGCUCUUGCCGGCUUCCUUUCUCGCAUUGCUGGCUCUGAGCAUUCAGAUCUCGGUGAUGUUGAACGGGUCCACAGUAUGCUGAAAAUGGUUGAGAGAUACUCUGAUUCACUGUUUUCACAUGCUCCUUCCACGAGCUCUCCUCUUCAAGACACUGUUGUCUUGACAGGAACCACGGGAGGUCUUGGUGCCACGUUAUUGGCUCAUCUCGUUGCAUCUCCCGCCAUCGGCCGCGUGUAUGCGCUAAACCGACACAAUCACCAGCCUCUCAAGGAACGGCAACGUCUCGCACUCCAACUGCGAGGUUUUGAUGAGAGCAUUGUUAAUACUGAGAAAAUCGUGCUGGUUGAGACGGACUUAGAGAAGGAGAGAAUGGGUCUCUCUCCGGAAGUCUAUGAAGAGAUUCGUAUCUCAACGACACAUGUCAUACACAACGCAUGGCCAGUAAAUUUCAACCUGUCUUUGAGUUCAUUCGAGGUGAUUAUCAAGGGAGUUAGAGCUCUCAUUGAUCUCGCCCUAUCCUCUCCUCUACCUUCUCCACCUCGUCUGGUCUUCAUCAGCUCCAUAGGCGUCCUACGUAAUCUUGAUCCUAGCGGCCCCAUUGCGGAAGAACCGGUUGAAGCGAGAGUAGCAGUCGGCAUGGGUUAUAGCGAGUCGAAGUGGGUCGCAGAGAAGUUGUUGAGCGUUGUUGCAAGCAAGACGACCCUACGGCCUGUCACCGUAAGAGUAGGACAAGUCACCGGUGGACGUUCAGGUGCAUGGAACCAAGCCGAAUGGUUCCCUUCUCUCGUGAAGUCUAGUGUUAAUCUCGGUUGCUUACCUGUUCUUCCUCAGGAAGUAUCCUGGAUCCCCGCAGAUUCUGCUGCUCGGGCUAUCAUCGAGAUGCGAAACUCGCCAGUGUCAAUUUUGCAUCUUGCCCAUCCACGACCUGUGACAUGGGAGACCAUCAUGGAGGGGCUUUCGAAGGAAUUGGACCUUCCUUCGGAGCCAUACACCGAGUGGCUUAGACGCCUGAAACAGAAAGGUACCGGUGUCGAUCCGGCUGUUGAGGCAGAGAACCUAGGUCACUAUCCAGCCUUGAAGAUCCUUGACUUCUUCGCGCGUGCACAGGAAACAUUGUCUUGUGCUGAGGCUAUGGGAAUCCCCAGGCUUGACGUAUCUGAAGCCACGCGCGUAGCCCCAACCCUCCAGAAACUAGCACCAUUGACGAGCAACGAUACCACAAGAUGGCUUGCUUACUGGAGAAGUUCAGGGUUCCUGUGACCGAAAGAGCGUGGUUGAAUAUAGUUGUGCACUAGGUAAGCAAAGGGCCAAUGUUAGCAGAUAAUUGUUACUAUAGAUGCUGUGACCCGUGAAUGAUGUAAAGUACACGUUAACACAUAUAACAAGCUUCAUGUUGCCCAGG